AUGGAUGAUGCUGUGCCGACCACGAGUGAGGCAGGCGCGGGAAUUACAUCGCCGUCGCCCCCAAGGAAACGAAAACAACUCAGUUUGGGGCAUUUAUCUCUGGCAGAAAAACAAGCAAUAUUGAAUUUGUACAAGAAAAGCCUAAAUGAUGAACCUACUCUUAAAACUGUCCAACUUGUAUCCAAAAUAGCGAUGACAUUAGGUGUUGCAAAAUCAACAGUAUAUCGAGCCAUAAAACAGUAUAAAUCUACUGGAAGGGUGUCUACUUUCAAACACUGUGGUGGAAGAGCUGGGAUUGUUACAUGUUUGGAUGAAGCAAUGAAGAAUUCCAUAAGGCGUAUAGUACACAGCUUUUUCUUUAAAAAUGAGAUCCCCACUUUGGACAAAAUAUUAACCGAAAUAAAAAGUCGUCAGAAUUUGCCACAGAUGUCCCGUUCAUCAUUAUACAAAUUUAUGAAACAAAUUAAUUUCAAAUACUUAAAACGAAGUCGUAAAAGUGUGUUGAUAGAACGUGAUGAUAUAGUGAGAUGGAGACUUGACUACUUGAUAUCAAUUAAAAAGUUUAGAUCUGAAGGUAGACCUAUUUAUUAUUUAUAUGAAACAUGGUUAAAUGAAUGUCAUACAAAAGAAAGGGUAUGGGUUGAUACUAAUAUUAAAAGCAAACGUGAGGCGUUCAAUGAAGGGCUGUCUACGGGAUUAAAAAAUAAAA